AUGGAUAUGGCUACCACAAAUCAACGACCACCAUUUCAGUUGGAGGAUAUUGAGCUGGGACGUGUGAAACCAACCGAAGUGUAUACCGAGAUUGACCGACUAAAGACUGAAAUCAACGGUCUCCGCAAUUGCAUGGCACAGUUUGUUACCACCCUUGCCACAAUACCGCCAGACCAAUCUCAACAACUGUACUACAUUCUGGUAGUUAAGAAGCUUCAUCAGGUUCAACAAGCAAUUUCGGAGUAUCUGAAGCAAUACGAGUGCCUAGUUCCCUUGAUACAAGUUGCUGAAUCAAGACUUGGUGCCUCAAACCAGGCCGAAGAUGGUGUGGCACAUGUACAGGUACAAGGACAGCAAAUACCGCCUCUGGUCAACCAAGGGUUACGUCAAUAUACUGGACAAGGUGGUAUAGCGCAACGACGCUGA